AUGGAAAUUAUCAAAGACUGCAAAUUGGUCUGUAAAAUUUGUCAAAAGGAGUUCUCCAGUAUAUCUACAAAAAAUAGACACAUAAGAACCUUUCACGAUGAAGUCACGAUAGAGAAGAAGAAACUCCAACGAAUUCGGUGUCCAUUGUGUCUUGAAGAAGAGAAAUUCAGUUGCUGUGAACAUUUGAUGGAACAUUUGAAACAACGUCAUAAGGUAAGUAUAAUGGAAUCUGUUUUGAGUUUCAGGAAUUUUAAAGAAGCGUGGAGAGCAUUAGACAAUAGAGAUGUGGAUUAUGCGUGUUAUAGAAGAUGUAAACGCCCCAAUGGUAAUGAAGACAUAUAUUACAAUUGUAAUAGAAGUGAUUCUAGAGGAUUUACCAGUACAUGUCACAAAAGAAACAUGAAAUUAGGAGGAAGCAUACGAAUUCAAGGAACAUGCCCUUCAAGAAUUGUUGUGAAAAUCCAACAAAAUGGAAUGGUUGAAGUAAAAUUUGUUGAAACGCACGUGGGGCAUGCAGAUGAGUUGAGGAGUAAGCGUCUAUCAAAAACUGAACAGGAUACCCUUGUCCAACAAUUAACUGCAGGAGUAACAAAAGAAAGAAUAAUGUCAAAUUCCCGGAUUAUUGAAAACGACAAAUUGCAAAGGAUAAAUAUAAUAACAAGAGGAGAUCUGGCAUAUUUAAUUAGGAAAUUCAAUAUUGACAAAAGAAGAAAUGCAGAUGAUAUGAUAGCGACAGCUUUAAAAAUUGAAGAGUGGAAUAGACAAGGAAAAAAUAAUGCAUUUUUAUUUAAACAAAUAGGUGAAAGAUACCCAGGACUGAGGGACGAAGAUUUUGUUGUAGGUUAUAUGAAUAGUGUCAUGGAAAAAAAGCUAAAGGAAUUCAAACGAGUAAUUUGUAUAGAUGGGACUCAUGGGACUAAUAGAAGAAAUUGGGACUUGACAGUAGUUUUAGUUAAAGAUGAAAAUAAUAUGGGUUUUCCUGUCGCAUUUUUACUUUCAAAUAGAUUAGAUCAAGUAAUUCAAGAAAUUUUUUUUAGUGCGUUGAAGUCAAGAUUAAGACAAAGCGUGGAGGCUGAAUAUAUAAUGAGUGACGAUGACAUAAAAUAUUACAAUGCUUGGACCAAGGUUAUGGAGACAGAACGAAAGCCCAGAAGAUUACUUUGCACGUGGCAUAUUAUAAAAAACUGGAAUAUCCAAGGAAGAUCAAAAUUAAAGAAACCAGAAAAUAGACAAGAAAUGAAGAUGAAGAAAAUGAGAAAUAUUUUAAAGGAAUUACUAUUUUCAAAGCGAAGAAAGAAUCAUGAUGUGGGCUCAUUGUCAUAG